AUGGACGAUCCAAAGUUGAUAGAGGAAGAAAGUAUUCUCUUUAUACGUGGCCAUGGCAUAUACAUAAAGUGGAGAAUCACUACAUAUCUCAUUGCAGAACAAGUCCAUUUACAUAAUGGUAAGGCUUGGACAGUUGAGCCCAGCCCAUUAGGUGUCCUUAAUAUUUGA